UGUUGUGGAUGCGCGGUUUUGCAAUUAAGUUACACCAACAAGAGAAUACACAAGGUUAAAGAAACAUUUCUUCAGCCUGAAGUGAGGUUGUAAUUCAUUUUCGGGUUUGACAAUUCAGCCAUUUCAGCAACGAAUAACAAAGUUAUGGUUUUUCUUUAAUAUGUCAUAGAUGAAAAUAAACACAAAUCCGUGUGGCGCAGCUGUGUAGAUGUUGUUAAGGAACUCGCCAAUGAUUAUCCCGGUGUUGCACAAAACAUUUGCCAUUUGUUUUAUAACGUCUCCGUCCUGCCAGUCGGGAAGCGCAGCUCGGUUUUUACUGCCUCUGCGUCUUUUUAUAGCCCCCCCGCGUUUUCGGGGAGCCCAGCCUGCCGGCUCGGGUUUCGAGGGGCGGCGUGCGAUAGCUGAAGUGUACCGACGCCGCGGUUCGCAGGCCUUUCCGAGCCGGGACUUGGGCUAACACAACGGACCAGGAAGCCCGGAUCGGGAGAGCGGCGCUUCAGCUCGCAGCCCCGGUGUCAACUUGCGCGUGGGACCGCCUCGUGAAUCCCGACUUCGGGGGGAAACAGCGCGCUGCAAUGGACCGAUCUGCUACACUGGAGCACUAUAAGGCAGCCAUGUUGCUGAGUGGUGCUGGUGAUGCUCUUGGAUACAAGAAUCAGCUGUGGGAGUACAAUGAGUCUGGACCAGCUAUUCACCAGGAGCUGAAGGAGUUAGGUGGGCUGAAGAACAUCAAGGCUGAGCUCCCUGACUGGCCGGUGAGUGACGACACAGUUCUGCAUCUGGCCACGGCUGAAGGACUGGCGACUGGGAAGAUAGGGGAGGAUCUCAUGCAUGAGGUGGCUGCUAGAUACGUGGAGGGGAUGAAAGACAUGGACGGGAGGAAACCAGGGCCUUCAAGCAUUCUGGGAGUGUCCCUGUUGAGGCCCGGGGAAGAAGGGGGCUUCAGAGUCCCCUAUAACCCUGAGGGGACGGGCUGCGGAGCGGCCAUGAGGUCCAUGUGCAUUGGCUUGAGGUAUCCAAAGCCUGACCAGCUGUUGUCGCUGGUGGCGGUUGCUGUGGAGACAGGAAGGAUGACCCAUCCUCACCCCACCGGUUUCCUGGGAGCCGUGGCAUCGGCCCUUUUCACCACGUACGCCAUCCAGCGCAGGCCAAUCACGACCUGGGGUCUAGGCCUGAUCAAUGAGGCCUGUCCAAUAGCGAAGAGCUUUGUCCGGGGUCGAGGCUUCGCUGUGGAGGAGACGGAAAGAGACUGGGGCUACUUCUGUGACAAGUGGCAGUGGUACUUGGAUGUGAGGGGCAUCUCCAACGGGGUGGGCCCUGUGAUUUGGCCCCCCUCCUACGGCCCGGCUGAGAGGGACGAAGCCUACAAGAGCUUCAGCCUGUCGGGCUGGGCGGGACGCAGCGGCCACGACGCUCCAAUGAUAGCCCUCGAUGCACUGCUGGGGGCAGGUUCAGACUGGGAUGAGUUGAUGAGCAGAGCGGCCUUCCACGGAGGCGACAGUGACAGCACAGCGGUGAUUGCCUGCUGCUGCUGGGGUCUCCUCUACGGCACACAGGGUGUCCCUGAAGGCAACUACUCCAACCUGGAGUACAGGAACCGACUGGAGCGCAGCGCCGAGCAGCUGUACGCCCUGUCACACUGAGGCCACCACAGCCUGCCGUAAUGACCAAGUGUGUCCCAACAUGACACACUGAGGGGAAAGAAGGCCACACACUCUGGCACAUUGACGUAAAGCUAGCUGGUGCGCACUCAGUAGUACAUCGAUCUGCACUGCUGUCACUUAGCCACAAAGCGUGGUGUCAUGCCUGAAGGGGAAGGAGAGUGUCCCACUAACCUAAAGUCGAAUAAUUUCUGCCACAACAAAGUCUGUGUGCCUCGUGAUGUUGGCGUAUAAAGUGGGGUCCCCCUAGUGACCGUUUUAAAUUAACAUCCAGAGUUGUACCACUGAGCAGAACGGAUCCAAGCUAAUGAGAAUAUGAAGAGAAUACACUAAGUCCGCCAGGAGGUAAUUACUUCAUUUUGUCAGCCUGACAUAAUAGAAAAUGCUCAGCAAGCCUCAAAUUAAAUGUGCUCACGUUAUUGUCUAAUGAAUAAUAUAUUUCUGUCUCAUUGUUGUUGUUGUUAACGUACUUCAUGCAACGAAGAGCAAAACUGUAACUGCAAUACUUCAGAGAAGCACAGUUAAAGAUACAAUAAAUUAAACAAAUA